AGCCAGCGCUGAGUGGAGCCCGACAGCCAGCAGCUUCAGCAGCGGCUCGAGCUGGAUCCCACUACACUCACCGACUCACCUUUUUCCUUCUUAUUCCCGAGGAUUACUCUCCACCAUGGGCGACAAGAAGAGCCCGACAAGGCCAAAAAGACAAGCGAAACAAGCGGCUGACGACGGCUACUGGGACUGCAGCGUGUGCACCUUCAGGAACACGGCCGAGGCGUUUAAAUGCAGCAUCUGCGAUGUGAGGAAGGGCACAUCCACAAGGAAACCCAGGAUCAACUCCCAGCUUGUGGCACAGCAAGUGGCUCAGCAGUUCCCCAUGCCCCCGCCCCCGAAGAAGGAGCGGAGGGAGAGGAGCGAGCGCACGGACAAGGACCGUCCAGAGAGCGAAGGGGAGCGGGCGUUCAUGGAGGGCCGUCCAGAGAGCGAGCAUCCGGAGAGCCACACUCCAGAGGUAGAAACGCCGGAGAAGGAGAAGAGCGAAAUCGAAACUCUGAUCAAAGACAAACCCGACAGAGAGAAGGAAGUCGUCCCCGCCGUCACAAAGAAACCCAACAGCAAAAAGACCAGACCCAAGUCAGACAGCCACCAGAGCCCCCCCAGCGACAAACAGAGUAUACAGUCGGGCAAGUCCGCAACAAAGACCAACAAGAACUCUCACAUUUCCAGGCCCAAACUGAAGAACAUUGACCGGAGCACCGCCCAGCAGCUGGCCAUCACCGUAGGAAACGUGACGGUGAUCAUAACAGACUUUAAGGAGAAGACGCGCUCCUCCUCCACGUCCUCGUCCACCAUCACGUCCAGCGCGGGCUCCGAACAGCAGCACCAGAGCUCCGGCUCAGAGAGCAUGGACAAAGGCUCGUCCCGCGCCUCCACCCCGAAAGGGGAUCUCUCAGUGGGUCACGAUGAGUCAUUCUAAGCCCCGCCCCUUCCCCCCCCCGACUCAUCGCCCUCGCUCCACUCCCCCGUCGCCCCACCUUUCUGAACACUAUGGAUUCUACAAGGGGAGAGAUUUCACCUUCCCAGCGGCUGCUCUGCCUCCAUUCCACGACCGCCCCGGGAUGUUGCGAGGCAAGCAAACGUCCUGCUUGAGGAAUAAUCCAAUGGGACAGAGACAAUGAGGACUGGACUUUAAGGAAUAAAGGCCUCCCCCGACCCCACCAACCUCCUGCAGUAGCAUCCGGACACUUGUAUGUACUGUUUUCUAUUUGUACGUGGAUGUGAAGCCAAUUUUCUUUGUUUUUGUAAAGAGAUUUUCUCCGCUGGGCACUGUAACCACCACCAUUUUAAUAACUUUAAUCUAUUAUUACCCUUAUUUAUUACUACCCGUAUACACCUGUAUACAUUUUUUUUUUUUUUUUUUUUUUUAUGUUGAUGCUUUGCGGCGCAGCUCUGCCAGUCCAUCGCCCCCUCAGUGUUUUUCUUACAGUGUGUACUGACAGGACACACAGACACACACUGGUGCUCGAGACACUGUGACCUGGGACGGGCCACCAAGCCCAUGUGAUAAAGCAAGCGCUGAUGAAUCAAAUCCACUUUCCUCAACAAUGUCUCACUCUGAACACUGUCGGGAACCGCUGCCCCCCUCAGUCGACUUACGCUCUGCAGGUCAACACCCGAAAACUUCCAAUUGUCCGAUUCAGUUUUGCUCUAGCAGUUGUACAGUGUAGGCUGUCGUGUAAAACACUAAAAGCUGUUGAUAUUUUCUGCAUUCCCGACUUCAAUAUUGUAUAAAGAAUAAAUGUGUAUAUGAUAUCUUAGUUUUAUUUAUUGAAGGACCAAAGGAAUUUCAUAUUGACAUGAUAAAUAGACAGAUGAAUUACAAUUUGAAAUGCAAUUAUCUAAUGUGUGAGAUGAAUUACAGUUUAAAUAAAGACUAAUAUAAUCCACCGAUUAUGUUGUUCUUAUUGUCCGCUCGGCUCCGCUGCACUCGCCGGUGGGUUCACUGUGCAGAUGUGAGUGGAUUCUUUGGGGCACCACAGGUCCACUCACUGAAGGACCCCUCUCCCCCCCGCCCUCCUCACCCGCCCCCACCAGAUUUGUCCACUCGUUCUGUGCUUAAAAUGCAGCGACAAACUUCAGACAAAGGUGGAGUCAGUGUUCAAAGUGAGCAAAAAAUGUGAAUGAACUUCGAAGGUCUUGCCAAUUUGUCCCGAGACCAAGUCCCUCCUCCCCCUUCUUUCUAAUGCAAUCCAACAGAAGUGGUCCCCAGAAGCCAUGUCCUCACCUGCCUUAUCUCCCGAACCACUCCCAACCGACGACUUCUGCCGUUUGCUUAUAUAUUGAAUAUCACGUGUACAUAGUUUGAAAAAGGUGCAAAAACGAAACACUAUGAAAAUGGCAUCAGAGCUCUGGAUUUUAUUUUGUUUCCUUUCCGCGCAAGCAGUUCUGUUCUUGUGUGCGACCAGUAACCUUAAUUUACUGUGUAAAGAUGGUUACAUUUUUUAGCUUUGUUUGUCAGAGACCCAAAUAUACAAAAAAAAAUGCUUGUUUACUGACUGUAUAACCUUUACCGUGAAUUUCCAAUAAGUGUAUGAUACAUUUCUUCCUAUAACGAUGUCUUGUACAAUGCUUUGAAAAGUUAUUGUUCGGUUUAAAAAGAUACAUAAAAAAGACCAAAAAAAAAAUAAAGAAAAAGCCACAAAAAAUAGACAAAGUUCCACAAUCCAUUCUUUGUUUGAUUUUGUUCCUUUGGUUUUUCCGUUCGCGCUAUAUCUGGUGUGUCAUUGUUUCCCCUUGUGAAAUGGUCACAUGAUGUUGUGGACAUGUUCUCAGCAGCUCACGCCUCCUUGUCUUAGCUUAUAAUGUUGAAAUAAUACAUGUUUCUGGCAUGUGCACGACUUUUGCGCUUAUAGGCUAAACCUGUUCAUUUCUCCCCGCCCCCACCCUCCGCUUCAAAUAAUGAAUAGAAAAAUGUCUAUUUAUGAAUUUUGCUUGUAGUUUUUCACAAAUAAAAUU